AUGAGCGAACGAGGAUCGGAGAUCGUGUUCCGCGCAGAGAACGUGCCGAUCCGCUUCUUCAAAGCAUGCCGAUGGUGUCGCAAGCAAAAGAUGCGCUGCGAUGCGCGUCAGCAAGUGCCCUGCUUCCGCUGCCGCUCAACUGGGCGAGAUUGCAUUCUGGAUCCUAUUGAAGACGGCCGACGUCGCAGCGAUCGCCGCCGCAAAUCUACUCCGGCACGUGGGUCCUCUGUGGCAUCGCCACUAGAUCCCCGAAGCGGCUUCCAUACGCCGGCUUCGAGAGAACAGGAAUAUUCCCCGGUUGCAAGCCAAGGCGUCAGCUUUAAUGCUUCUUCCAUGGACUCAUAUCCCGAUUCGUCAACAUUGAGGAGGUUUCGAAGGUCUCAAACUGCUGAUCACGGCGGCGCCGAAUCAUCACAGCAGCUGAGCCCAAGUGAUAUGAUUGCUCCCGUUUCGGCGGUUCAUUCUAUGUCGGUCAAUCUACUGGACUCAAACCAUAUAUUCCUGGAGCAUUCGACAAGUGGAGACGCUCAGGGUGACAUCGUUGCCCGCGGCAUUGUUCCCGAGGAGCGUGCAAGGGUCAUGUAUGAGAGGUUUUUCCAUGGGAGUAAGAACUAUCUGCCCCUUUUCGACCCAAUUCGUGAUACAUUUGAUUCCAUUCGUUCGCGCUCUUUGUUUUGCUUCACCGUUAUCAUAUACUUGGCCAGUCGGGCCGUUAUUGACAUGCGUGGUGACACACAUAUGCAGCGUGUCUUGCAAGACGAGGCACAGCGGCUUGCCGAGGACAGCUUCUUUGAACGCCCGACGAAGCUUGAAACGGUCCAAGGAAUGAUUCUCCUCGCCGCAUACUCCGAGAAAACAUGGUUCUCAACGGCUCUUAUCCUGCGCACGGCUUUAGACUCCGGCUUGGAGAAGUCCCUGGAUACAUUACUGGCGCAAGAGAAUAUACCCAGGAGCUCUCUGGCAGCCUCCAUGGCAGAUCGCCAGCUUGUUUGGGAAACCCGUACGUGGCUGAUCAGCUUUACACUGGAACUGGACGUGGCCUCCGGGACGGGCCGCAAAUCGCGAAUCGGAGAGGUCGACAUUAUGAAACUCCGUAAAUUUCUCGACUAUCCGCUUUCGCUGCCUUGUGACAUGCGCACUGUCUGCAUAAUCGAACUCCACCAACUUCGAGGGCAUUCGCGCAUCACCAUAGAGAACGCCGGGACAGUGCGGGAUAUCGUUGAUACUGAGCUUCCGGCAAUCAUGACCCGGUUACAAAAUUGGUGGACUACUUGGGAUGAAAUCCACAACAACAAUGGAUUCCACGCUGGAGCAUUCCAACGCAGUAGUCUGAAGCUCAUGCUCAUUUACGCCAAAAUAUUCGUUCUAUGCACCUCUCUUGCACGCAUCCAAAAGCUCCAGCCUGUCUCCUCGAAUUCGGAGUCUGAAAUAAUCGACCAGAAUGUGAUGAAUCUGUGGCAAUCUCUCGUCACGACGAUCAUGGACCAACUCGCCUUUCUCAUCAAUGAACCAUCUUACCGCUACCAAUUACCAUGGGCCCCGACCUACCCUGCCUUGACGAUGGCAUUUGUCACCACAUUCGCCCUGCGCAUUGCCAGAUGGCGACCAAGCCUAAUCGAUCAAGGUCUAUUGCUCGAAAGGGCCGAGAAACUCUGCGACUUCCUAAAACAGCCACCGUAUCCCGACAUCCAUCGGACAGUCUCCAUCUUCGUGAAUUACGCUCGCGCCCUGAUUGCCAGCCGGCAUCCACAGAGAGAUGAAAUUGCAGAUGGACCUAACCAUUCAGAUCACAGCGAUGGGCCCGUGUCUUAUGCAGAUAGUCCCAUGGACAGUGCCCCGCCCCUGGCCCUGGAGGAUCCUCGGCACAGGAACGACACGACCCUUCCGAGUGAAAAGGACCCAAGUAUGACUAUGCCAAGCACCGAUGCAUCAACUGCCAGACCGCCUCUUCCGCGGCUCCCUGAGGUGAUGGAUGCCCCGAACUGGACCAUGUCGAAUUCGAUUGCAGAAUCCUUUGGCCUUUUCGAGGAGGGGCAGAACGACAUCUUUGAUUUCUUGCCCAUGAUGCCCUCGUUGCCGCAAUAG